AUGAUAAAACCCUAUGAGGGUUCUACUGGGUUGUCUGGACCGGGUCGGGUAUCAAGUCAACUCGGAUCUGGGCCUGGAUCAAAUUUGGGCUCCGGUUGUGAACUCCAAUACGAUCCUGAGAUCGAGAAAACCGCUCGCAAGUUAAGAAAAGAAACUAACUUGCGCAGCAGACAAGAUUCUUUUUCUUCAUCCCCUGAAUCGAAAUCUGCACUCAACUUGGUUGAUUCAUCCAGCGAUUCUGAAAUAGAAGGAACAAUGGCCAACGAAGAAAGAACUCUAAGAGAAUUGGCUGCACCAAAUAUGAAUCAACAACCUCUUGACAUUGACUACCCAACUUUGGAGGUAGCUUUUGAAUUAAAAUAUGGUUUGAUUCAUUUGUUGCUUACUUUUCAUGGACUUGAGAAUAAAGACCCUCACAAGCAUUUGAAGGAAUUCCACGCGAUAUGUUCAAGUAUGAGACCGCAAGGAGUGACUGAAGAAGUCGCUAGCAUUCGAAGGGAGAUAUGUGGAAUAAAACAAAAAGAUACUGAGACCCUUCAUGAGUAUUGGGAAAGAUUCAAACGACUGUGUGCAAGCUGCCCUCAACAUGGGAUUUCUGAGCAACUUCUCAUCCAAUAUUUCUAUGAAGGACUACUACCCAUGGAGAGGAAGAUGAUAGAUGCAGCUAGUGGAGGUGCCAUAGUGAAUAAGACUCCUCGCGAUGCUAGGGAAUUGACCUCCAACAUGGCCGCCAAUUCACAACAAUUUGACUUUAGGCAAGACACAUCUUCAAUAAGGGUGAAUAAGCAAGUGAAAGCUUGUGGGAUAUGUGUUGUGAUUGGUUACCCAACUGACAUGUGCCCUACACUUCAAGAUGAUUCUCAUGAGUACACCAAUGCAGAUGGAAGGUUUACAGACCCACCACAAAGGAAGUAUGAUCCUUACUUAAAUAUCUAUAAUCUAGGAUGGAGGGAUCAUCCUAACCUUAGCUAUGGACCAAGACCAUCGCAAUUCCAUCUUUUUCCACCUGAACAGUCUUCUUCAAAGCCAUGUAUGUCUCUAGAAGAAAUUGUCAAAUCACUUGCAACUAAUACACAACAAUUUCAGCAAGAGACAAGAACAAUCAUACAAAAUUUGGAUAACCAAAUUAGUCAAUUGGCAUCUUCCGUGAGCCAGUUAGAAUCCCAAGGUAAGCCAUAUUCACAAACCAUUGUUAAUCCAAAGCAAAAUGCUAAUACAAUCGCAUUGAGAAGCGAGAAGAAGUUGAAGGAACCUAGUCCAUUGGCACAUGGGAGAGCCUUAGAGGAAGAAACUGAAAAGGAAGUUGUUGCUCCCCAGACUAAAAAAGACCAACACAAAGCACUAGAAAGCGAACAACCGAAGGCAUUAGUCAUAAAUCCUCCUUUUCCCGCUAGAUUCACUAAUUUCAAGAAACAAGCAGAAGAGAAAGAGAUUCUUGAGACAUUUCGCAAGAUCGAGGUAAAUAUUCCUUUACUUGAUGCAAUUAAACAAGUACCUCGAUAUACUAAAUUUGUUAAAGAAUUGUGCACCAACAACAGAAAGCUCAAGGGUAAUGAAAAGGAUUGA